AUGAAAAAGACUCACCACUAUGGUCUCGAUGAUGAUGGUAUGAUCCCAGAAGCCUUUGAAUUACCAUCAAAGCAAGAGGUCAUUGUUAUGGAAGGGAAUGGAACCGUACACGAGGUUCUUCCACAACAUCUCCUCAAUGAAGAGGAUGCCAAAAGUACUUCAGCAUUGAGUACCGUAUCGGACCAAGAAGAAUUUGAAUAUAAACCCGUAACAAAUCUUGUUGAGUAUUUCAGUGAUGAGAACAACCGAAAGCAAAUUGAUGUUGUGUUGCAUUGUUUGGCCAAGUUAGAGGAAGAGUCGUCGGAUAAAACCAAGGCUGUCGAGCACAAUGGAAAAUUUCAAUUCUUGUGCAAUAUUCUCUAUGAAUUGGAUAAAUACGAGUUGGAAUUUUAUAUACUUCAAUUAUUAAAUACAUACAUGAUGAAAGCUGGAGAAGGUGAAUCACAUUUGGAACGUUACAUUCUUGAAAUAUGUGCUCACUCCAUGCAUUUUGGCAUUAAACUAAGCUGGCUUCUUGAUGCAGAGCUAUAUACCCUUGAAAAUCAAUUGGCGCAAUCACCAAGUAACAUCAAAUUGAAAAAGAGAGCUCAAAGAGGAAUGAUAUUUAGAAACCUAGUGGAAAAAGUGACAAUUAAUCAAGUAGUACCUAUUAAUUAUAUGAAUGAUAACUUCCUGAAUACAUCCAUACUUCAAGUCGAUGCAGAAGUCACAAGCGAAGAACCAACAGAUGAAGAAAAAUCUAAAAUGACUUCCUUUGUGUUACAGAAUGUAUUUUCAAAACAAAGAAGAUCGAAUUACUUUAAUGAUGAGCACUACUUUGUGCAUACUCUCACGGAUUUAUCAUACCGAUUGAAAGCAUAUCCUCCUGGUGACAUUAGAAAACAUCGUAUGAAGGCAGAACUCGAACGUAUCAAUCAAACAAUUCCAUACGGUGUCUAUUACCCUCUGUGUGACUCCAAAUCAAAACAUUGUAGAAUACUGAGAGUGUGUACAGAUGCAUGUCGCGUUUUUAGUACCAAGGAAAGAGUUCCUAUUUUGUGUGUAUUUGAGGUUGUUCAAAGCGAACAUACAUGCAACCAACCAGAAAAUAUUCUUCAAUUUGAAGAAAACCCUGACGGAGAGUACAAGGUUUGGGAUUGUCUGAUUGACAAGACCGUUGAUGCCGGACAAUUAAUCAAGCCAAAGUCUACUCUAAAAAAGGAAAAUUCAUCCUCAAGUAUUAAGGUACCAUUCCUUGAAGAAAAACGAUCUUCUAUUGUCUCAAAUGCAGAACCACUCCCAACAAAUAACUCUCCCUUGAUAGGAAAACCUGUACACACAAGGUCAACCUCUGAACUGCCAAUACUACACAUUCCUAACCUCAAUAAUGACGAAUUUGUGCUAAUUGAAAAAUCAGACGCAGACAAACACUUAGAAGAGGUUGCACAAGAAAUGGACUCGGUCUUUGGAGAGAGUUUCGAAAAGAUUAAAGCCAAAUAUCGCGCUCUCUCUCCUUACGGAAGCAUUCCUGGUUGGGAUUUAAAGUCUGUAAUUGUUAAAGCCAAUGAUGAUAUCCGACAAGAAAUAUUUGCCAUGCAAUUGAUCAAAUUAUUUGCUCAAAUUUUUGAAGAAGAAAAACUCCCUAUUUAUAUUAGACCAUAUGAAAUUAUUGUUACGAGUGGUAAUUGUGGAAUGUUAGAAACGGUUCGUGACACUGUAUCCAUUGAUGGUCUGAAAAAGAAAUUCCCCAAUUUCACAACUCUUAAAGAUUAUUUCAUACGAGUGUACGGAUCACCAACAUCAAAUACUUUCAUCAGAGCGCAAACAAAUUUUGUCGAAAGUGUUGUUGGUUACUCCUUAAUUACAUACAUUCUGCAAAUUAAGGAUAGGCAUAAUGGAAAUAUUUUACUCGAUCGAGAGGGUCACAUGAUUCACAUUGAUUUUGGAUUUUUCCUUGGCAUUUCACCUGGUGGAGUUAAAUUUGAAAACUCUCCGUUCAAACUUCCUCAAGAUUGGGUUGAUUUAAUGGGUGAAUUGUUUGACUUGCACUUUAGACCUGUUUUUUAUGUGGCAUAUUCUGCCUUGAGAAAACCUCGCAACAUGAAUCGAUUAUUGAACUUGGUUGAAAUGAUGAUUGGAGCUAAUUACAAGUGCUUUGAUAAUAAUCAUGCCAACAUUAUGCGAGAUUUACGAAAUAGGUUUUAUCCAAAUCUUUCAGAUGAUGACUUUGCAAAGAUGGCUCGUAAACUUGUCGAUGACUCGAUGGACAAUUGGUUCACCAAGAAAUACGACCAAUAUCAAUACUUGACGAAUGGUAUUUUGUAG